CAAAAUCUCUUAGUUCAAGGUGGUGAAGGGCACUUGAAGUCAUUCUAGAAAAACUCAGAGUGAAUUGGUGUGGCAUGAGGAGGGUGCAUCAGGCCAGAUCGUGAAGGACUUUGUGGCACAAGUAAGGAAUUUGGACUUUGUCCUCAGGGUAGUGGAGAGUCGUGAGUCAGUCUCCAGCAGCGGAGGUGCAGUCCAGAGAGACAGGACGGGGUGUUAGAAGGAUGCGGAACGAACCUGCCACCAGAGGACUUGCCUGAAGCAGUCUUGAAGAUUAGGGAGCCUUGGAGGGCAUCAUGGUAGGAGGCUUGAAGAGGAAACACUCUGACUUGGAGGAGGAAGAGGAGGAUGAGAAGUGGGGCAGGGGUCCCGCAGGCCUGCGAAGCUACCAGCAAGCCCUGCUCCGCAUCUCCUUAGACAAAGUCCAGCGAAGCCUGGGCCCCCGAGCACCCAGCCUCCGCAGACAUGUCCUCAUCCACAACACGCUCCAGCAGCUCCAGGCCGCACUUUGCCUGGCUCCAGCACCUGCCCUGCCCCCUGAGCCCCUCUUCCUGGGUGAGGAGGAUUUCUCCUUGUCUACCACCAUCGGCUCUAUUCUCAGGGAGCUAGAGACUUCCAUGGAUGAGACAGAGACCCCUCAGAAUCCAGUGGCUCCCCCAGGCCCCCAGAACGAAGUGCUGCCCCAGCCUGAUCCAGUUUUCUUAGAAGCCCUGAGCUCUCGGUACCUUGGGGACUCGGGUCUAGAUGACUUUUUUCUGGACAUUGACACUUCCACAGUGGAGAAGGAACCUGCACUGGCCCCACCGGAGUCUCCUCACAACCUUUUCUGUGCCCCAGGGUCCUGGGAGUGGAAUGAACUAGAUCACAUCAUGGAAAUCAUUCUAGGAUCCUAAAACUUUUAAUAGUUGAGGUGGGGGGGGGUUUCCGCCACAUCUCAGCCUCAGUGGGCUGGGUCUCUAGAUGUGUGUGUGUGUGUGUGUGUGUGUGUGUAUUGGGGGCUUUAAGCAGUGACUGGCCUCCUCUUCUCCCGUUUCAGGGUUCCACAAACUGUCUUGUGUGCGUGCGUGCAUAUGUGUGUGUGUCUGGUUACCACAUCCUUCUGUGAAGGCAGGUCUUCCUGAAUUAAUUUAUCUGUUCCAAAUGCCUUAAUGAGACUGUUUCUGGGAGUCUGAUUCCCAACUUCCGCAUUUCUUCUGCCUUUCCCUCUAGUUCCUACUCUUGUGACCACUGGGGCCUCAGGGAAGAUAAGCUGGGCCUGUCAAAGGAUGACAGGGAUGUGUUGCCUGGUUGCUAUGGGAACCCAAGCUCUGCUUCCUGUACCUGGAAGGAGUAGGAGGGGCUGGCCUCCUCCCCCACUGCCCCAGGCUAAACCCCACCUCCUUGACAGUACCGGAGUCCUAGCAGCCUCCUGAUUCAUAACCAGGCCGGACCACGUGCAAUAGGGUGGACACCAAACUGCUCCAUGCCUCAUUAUUUAAAAGAAAGGCAGGUUUUUGUGGUGGUUUGGGGGUGGGGUGGGUGAUGGGGUUUGAUUGUAAUUAUUUUUUUUUAAUAAAAAUAUUUUGGAAGGGAUCAUGCUGUCUAAAGUUUGUA